AUGUUGUUUACGCUAGUGUUAUGUGCUGCGGCCGCGUGCGCGGGAGUCGACGCCCGGCGUCAUCGCAAUAACAAUCACGGCACUACAGCGCCGGACACGGUAAACGUGCCAGUGAUUUAUGGCGAAUCAGGCAUUUUCAGAGGAUCGUGGCUGGUAUCACGUCGAGGCAGACGCAUCCAGGCAUACAGAGGGCUGCGGUACGCUCAGGCACCCGUCGGAGAACUCAGGUUCCAGCCACCGGUGUCCAUCGAGCGCUACAAAAGCGAAGUGGACGGUACUAGCGAUGGGCCAGCUUGCCCGCAGCCUGUCUUCGACAACUACCCCGUAGACGAGGACUGCUUGCGCCUUAACGUGUAUACUCCUGACAACAAAAAAAAGUUGCCCGUGUUGGUGUUCAUCCACGCCGGUGGCUUCUACUCGGUAUCGGGACGAAGCGAUAUUGCCGGACCUCAGUACUUACUCGACAGAGACAUCGUACUGGUCACUAUUAACUACAGGCUGGGAUCUCUUGGUUUCAUAAGCACAGGUGACAGUACAGUUCCUGGGAACAAUGGCUUCAAAGAUCAAGUUGUGGCUCUUAAAUGGGUGCAGAAGAACAUUGCAGCGUUUGGUGGGGAUCCUAACCUAGUGACCAUAGCAGGUUACAGCGCAGGCUCAUUCAGUGUCAUGCUGCAUAUGGUCUCGCCUAUGUCUAAAGGUCUCUUCCACCGAGCGAUUUCGAUGAGCGGCUCCCCAAUUUCUCAGAUUGUAAUCCCUCGACACCAGCGCCACCUGGCAGUCAGACAAGCAAAGCUACUAAGCUGUCCAACGGAAAGUUCAAAGGCAAUGAUAGACUGCCUCAAAACGAAGACCUCUAAGGAAUUAGGAGAUUCCCUGGACCGUAUGUUUGAGUUUGGUUACGAUCCUGUCCUUCUGUGGAUGCCGAUUCAAGAAGAAGACUUUGGACAGGAGAGGUUCUUAGCGAACCAGCCACGUGAUUCGUUCUGCAACGGAGACUUGCAGCCAGUCCCUUUCAUUGUUAGUCAGACCCAAGAUGAGUUCUUCUGGAAGGCUUUCAAUCUAUUAAACAAUGAAACCCUCUACAAACAAAUGCAUGAUUCUUGGCACCGCAUCGCUCCGAUAUCCUUCUACCUGUCUGGCAAUACUGACUCUCAGGCUGACAGGCUUAAGCAGGAGUACCUGGGCGGCAAGGACAUAUCCAAUAAGACAGCUUCAGAACUGGGGAAGUUAUACUCCGAUUCGAUUAUUGGAUUUGGAGUUCACAGGUUGGCUAACCUCAUGGCGCGCCAUUCUGCACAACCGGUGUACUACUACGAGUUCGGCUACAUCGGCAGCAACAGCCACUACGUGGAUCCUACCACUAAGAAACCAACAGGAGCUGCCCACCACGAUGACCUCCUCUACCUAUUCAACGUGAGCGUCAGCUUCCCCUCGAUCCCAGUGUCCGACUCACCAGACUCGCUGAUGGUGGACAAGAUGACUGCCAUGUUUUAUAACUUUAUGAGAUAUGGUGACCCGAAACCUAUGCCAGACACUCCAGAGCUGUCGUCCCUACACUGGCCAGCCUUUACACCAAAGCAGACCAAUUACGUUCGUAUCGACAAGGAGUUCUCCGUCCACCAGAACCUGUUUGAAGACAGGUUCAAAGUCUGGGAGGAAUUAUAUCCCAUAGACUAUGAGAAGUGUACAAAUAAAUAG